ACUGCUCGGACGCGGAGCGAGAAGCCGAGAGUCGGAGACGCUAUCCACUUCCAUCCAUCGCGCAGAACCUGCCGGAGCCGCUGCCGCUAUGGAUGAUCGGGAGGAUCUGGUGUACCAGGCGAAGCUGGCAGAGCAGGCCGAGCGAUACGACGAAAUGGUGGAAUCAAUGAAGAAAGUGGCUGGCAUGGACGUGGAGCUGACAGUUGAAGAGCGAAACCUUUUAUCUGUUGCUUAUAAAAAUGUGAUUGGAGCCAGAAGAGCAUCCUGGAGAAUAAUCAGCAGCAUUGAACAGAAGGAAGAAAACAAGGGAGGAGAGGACAAACUAAAGAUGAUUCGGGAGUACUGGCAAAUGGUUGAAACUGAGCUCAAGUCAAUCUGUUGUGACAUUCUGGAUGUACUGGACAAACACCUCAUUCCAGCAGCUAACACUGGCGAGUCCAAGGUUUUCUAUUAUAAAAUGAAAGGGGACUACCACAGGUAUCUGGCUGAAUUUGCUAGAGGAAACGACAGGAAGGAGGCCGCAGAAAACAGCCUCAUGGCUUACAAAGCUGCUAGUGACAUUGCGAUGACAGAACUUCCUCCAACGCACCCCAUUCGUUUAGGCCUUGCUCUCAACUUUUCCGUAUUCUACUAUGAAAUUCUUAAUUCCCCUGACCGUGCCUGCAGGUUGGCAAAAGCAGCUUUUGAUGAUGCAAUUGCAGAACUGGACACGCUGAGUGAAGAAAGCUAUAAGGACUCUACACUUAUCAUGCAGCUGCUACGUGAUAACCUGACGCUCCUCUGGACCUCAGACAUGCAGGGCAAUGGUGAAGAGCAGAAUAAAGAAGCGCUGCAGGAUGUGGAAGAUGAAAAUCAGUGAGACAUAAUAAAGCCAACAAGAGAACACAUCUCUGACCACCCUCCCUCCCCACCCUCCCCCUGG